GGAAAUAAAGUAGGAAGGAGGAGAAACUUAAACGCCUCCGUCGGCAAUCGGAGAUCAAUCGACGGGGCGUUUAAGCCUUUAUGAUCGUCGAUUUUUUUCCCAAUCAUUCUCCGACUUGAGAUCUCAAGUAAAUCCCUCUUUUUGGUUUCCGGUAACGGCGGAGGGGGAUUUAUUUUCAAAAAACAUGGAUAAGUUAAUGGGCAGGAUUCGAAGUUUGGAUGCGUAUCCGAAGAUCAACGAAGAUUUCUACAGCAGAACUCUCUCCGGCGGCGUUAUCACCCUCGCUUCAUCCGUAGUCAUGCUCUUGCUCUUCAUUUCCGAGCUCAGAUUAUAUCUCCAUGCUGUAACUGAGACAAAGCUUGUCGUUGACACUUCAAGAGGAGAAACACUUCGUAUUAAUUUUGAUGUUACCUUUCCAGCCCUUCCAUGUUCAAUAAUCAGUGUUGAUGCCAUGGAUAUAAGUGGAGAGCAACACCUUGACGUUAGACAUGAUAUCAUCAAGAAAAGGAUAGAUUCUCAUGGUAAUGUAAUUGACACAAGGCAGGAUGGUAUUGGUGCUCCCAAGAUUGAAAGACCUUUGCAAAGACAUGGCGGCCGGCUUGAGCACAAUGAGACGUACUGUGGUUCAUGUUAUGGUGCAGAAACUUCAGAUGACCACUGUUGCAACUCUUGUGAAGAUGUCCGUGAAGCUUAUAGAAAAAAGGGAUGGGCGGUAUCAAAUCCCGAUUUGAUGGACCAGUGCAAAAGAGAAGGUUUUCUUCAAAGAAUCAAAGAAGAAGACGGUGAAGGGUGUAAUAUAUAUGGGUUCCUGGAAGUCAACAAAGUGGCUGGAAAUUUCCAUUUUGCACCUGGAAAGAGCUUUCAACAGUCAAAUGUGCAUGUCCAUGAUCUGCUUGCUUUCCAGAAGGAUAGUUUCAAUAUAAGCCACAAGAUCAAUAGAUUGGCUUUUGGAGACUAUUUCCCUGGGGCCCUGAACCCUCUUGAUGGUGUGGAAUGGACACAACAUACCCCUAAUGGGAUGUAUCAAUAUUUUCUCAAGGUAGUACCUACUGUGUACACUGAUGUGAACGGGUACGCCAUACAGACAAAUCAGUUCUCUGUAACUGAACAUUUUAAGGGAUCAGCAGCUGGCCAACUUCAGACUCUUCCUGGAGUUUUCUUCUUUUAUGACCUUUCACCAAUCAAGGUGACUUUCACUGAGCAACAUGUUUCAUUCUUGCAUUUUCUGACAAGUGUUUGUGCAAUAGUUGGAGGAGUGUUCACGGUGUCUGGAAUAAUUGAUUCAUUCAUAUAUCAUGGCCAAAAGGCCAUCAAGAAGAAGAUGGAGCUUGGUAAGUUCAGUUGACGGGGUUGGCGCCGUUUUCCUACUCUUUUACCCUUCAACAUCGGUCACUCACCUUUCCCCGCCCACAAAAAUGAGCGACACAGAAAUAUGCUGCCAGGUGUCUCUUCGCGGGGCUUCCACCCGUUGUUUACACAGGUUUUUGGCCACUGUACCACACAAAAAAAAAAAAGAGGGAGAGGAAGUAGAUCAAUCUUUUGUAUUUCUUUCAUUCUUAAAAGAAAUUUCUUCUGCCUUUUUUGUAUUUGUUGUACUGCACUAAUUUAUGAACGUAAAAGAACAACAACAACCCAGUUAAAUCCCACAAGAGUAGGGUCUGGGGAGGGUGUGUGUACGCAGACCUUACCCCUACUCGAAAGUAGAGAGGUUGUUUCCAAAGAGACCCCCGGCUCAACGUCGAAAGUUGCAUUACUUGACUAACUGCUACUUCAUUAAUU